GAACAGGGGUGACCUCAUCACGGAAACAUUACCAUCUUUCGUUUUGUUAAUCCAUUUUUUGCUGUACUCGUACUCAGUACUUUGCUUGUAUUCUUCCGCGCAUACCACCGGCUGGUCCUCAUCGUGAUCCCAUUCCAGAAUUAUUGAUUUUGAUGAAUGUGUCGUGUCGUUUUGGAAUUUGAUUGUCUAUCUAAUUGCGCCGAAUAGAAGCAAAAGAGCCUUAGACUGUACGUAUAGUAAGUCUGCUCGGACUAACUCCCUUCAAUUGUUGCUCGAAUUGAGCUUACACCUCGACCGGUUUUAUAAUUGAUCGCAUAGGUCGGAGGAUACGCCCCAAUGGCAGACUCCAACGAUGGGAUUGAGAAUUUGACAGAAAGUGAUUCGAAUCCCAGUCUUGAGACUGCGCCUUCCAAGGAAUUCGGACCACUGAACCCUACGAAAACUCCGAGACAAGAUCCCUUAUCGCGACAUUCUACGCAUAAAUCCCUUGAUCGUUCGCGCUCACAUAAUGGAUAUGGUUGUGGUGACUUGGAGGAAGACACGUUGGAUGAGCGUAAGGGCGACUAUGGUGGAGAGGGACGUUCGGAGAAAGACCCGUUCGAAGUCCUCUGGGAUGGGGAUCAUGAUCCUUUGAAUCCCAGGAGUUUUACGAUGGCCAGAAAGUGGGGAAUUGUGUUGAUUGUUAGUGCGUCGUCUAUGUGUGUGUAAGUGCCACCUCUGCUAUUACGAGAGGAAUGGAGGGAACAGAUUCGGGAAGAAGUAGAAUUGUAGACGAAGUCCUGCUUCAGGUCGGAGGAGCUCAAAAGAACGGAUAUUGUGCUCGGCCGCAAACAUUCUUUCCUCUUGCGCAAAGGUCCUCGAAGAAUCAAAGCUAUUGUUUGUGGAAUUUCAGGAGAAUAGACCAAUUGAGGGUUCUAUUCUCCUAAACCUCCCCGGCCAAUAUUGACGACUAUUCUAGACUUAUUAGCGGCAUCAUCCAAGAGUAGAUGUCGAAUAAUACCCUGUGCUGAUAUGACAGAGGAAGAAACAAAAUAAAGAGAGACUAACCUGAACAUCUCACAGAACCUGCACUUCUUCCAUCUACACAUCCACAUACGCUCAACUUGAGGAAGAGUUCCAUAGUUCGAGACUUCUCGCCACUGGAGGAUUGUCACUCUUCAUCCUCGGACUGGGAAUAGGGCCUAUGUUCCUGGGACCUUUUUCGUGCGUCUGUCAAACCCGGCUACCUUGCACUCCCAUCUAACAUCACAUCAUUAGAGAGUUCUAUGGUCGAAGACCAGUAUAUCUCGCAGCCUUUUCCCUGUUUCUGUUAUGGUUGAUUCCAUCGGUGGUUGCUCAAAACAUCCAAACCAUGCUCAUUGCUCGAUUCUUUGAUGGACUAUCGGGUAGUGCCUUCUUAUCCGUUGCUGGUGGAACUGUUGGUGAUAUGUUCAAUCGCGAACAACUCCAGUUUCCGAUGAUGGUAUACACAGCCUCGCCAUUUGUAGGACCUUCGAUGUAAGGAUUCUUUCAUGAUCUAUUCUCGCGAGGUCAACUUAACCUUCCGAAUGUUCCUUCCCUUAUCGCUACCAAGCUUCUUCCUCCCGAAAAGCUUGUUUUAUCCUCACCAUAACGUGACACCGUGCUCUACACUUCCCAGGUGAUGUUGCAAUAUCAUGGAAUGAACAGUCACUGACACCGUCGAUUGAUCUAGUGGCCCACUCGUCGGAGGUUUCAUAAACCAAUACGCGAAUUGGAGAUGGACGUUCUAUGUGCUACUCAUGUGGUCAGGUGCGAACCUGGGGAUGAUCGCUUUCUUCGUUCCCGAGACCUACCAUCCGGUACUCUUGCGUAGCAAGGCCCGAAAGAUGAGAAAGGAGACGGGAGAGGAGCAGUGGAAGGCGCCGAUGGAGAAGACCAACAAGUCGAUUCCGAAGACGGUCGCUUUGAGUCUUUUGAGGCCGAUGCAGCUACUGUUUCUCGAGCCGAUGUGCUUGAAUUUGUGUCUUUAUUCGGCUAUUCUUUUGGGUAUUCUGUACCUAUUUUUUGGGGUAAAUCUAUAUUUUGCCAUUGUUUCUUCCUUUUUUCUUUAUAACUUUACUACGGUUAUACUACUUCCCUGCCUCUCGAUGGACUCAGAAAGCGGCUUGGGUGGUGUUUCGCUUGUUCACCAUAUCUAAAUCAGUAUGUGCUAAUGUGCUAAUGUUUCCUAGGCAUUCCCCGUAGUCUUCAUUGGAAAUCAUGAAUUUACUUUAUCUCAAGUUGGCAUGAGCUUUUUAGGAAUAUUGGUUGGGAUGUUGUUCGGUACAGCGACAGAUCCCUACUGGGCCAAGAACUACCUUCGGUUGAUCAAGCAAAGAGAAGAUGCAACCGGAGAGGUAGGUGGCUCAGAGCCUGAAUACAGACUACCCCCCGCCAUUGCAGGGGCAUUUCUGGUUCCCGUGGGGUUGUUCCUCUUCGCUUGGACAACAUAUAGAAGCGUACACUGGAUUGUUCCUAUCAUCGGAUCAGCUAUUUUUGGUAUGGGGUAAGUCUAACCGCUCUCUUUGCCCAAUUCGUGUUCUUCUAGGCGUUCAUGGAAACAUUGAAAAUCGAAUCAUUUUGUUGAAAGCCAAGUGGUUUGUUGAGUAUGUACCUGCGUGGAAUGCAGCAUCAAUCACAAUCUCUCAAACCCUGUCGCAUACUCGGUGUUCUUUGGUCAAUUGGCAGUGGAGUUGACUCGAGGACUCGGCUUUUGGUUGUCGAAUGCUACCCCUCCAUCCCAAAUUAGCCACCCCUCGAUGCAGGCACCCAGAGUUCCAAUCGCUAGGGUGUUUUGGGACAAUCUGCAUUCAAUUGCGCUAGCUUGGACGCAGCCUCCCAUGAUUAUUGAUUCCCUUCAAACUCACAUGACACUUUAAUUUCAUGCACGUGCUGUCGUACGAAAUAUACGAUGUCGCUAACAAAUUUGGAACCGCACAGAACGGUCCUGGUCUUCAGUGGAGUUUUUACCUUUUUGGUCGAUGCAUAUCCAUUAUAUGCAGCAUCGUCGUUGGCUGCGAACAGUUUUGCUCGAAGCACUCUUGGAGGUAAGAAAUUCCAGCCCGCUGUUGGACGGAGUCAUCUCCCGCUUAAUUGAGGCUGAUGAUUGACAUAGCUGUGUUCCCACUGUUUGGCGUGCAAAUGUACCACAAACUUGGCGAUCAAUGGGCCACAAGUUUACUCGCCUUCCUAACCGUUGCGAUGGUACCAUUUCCAUUGAUCUUUUUCAAAUAUGGAAAACAGAUAAGAGGUAAGAGUCGUUUUGCUAGUGCGUAGUUGGAAAGUGGCUAUCUUGUAACAUGAUACUUGAGAAUUGCCGGUACAUAUUUUCGUUAUCAUGGUUACAUAAUUUACAUACAUGAAACGGUGUACAUAUUGCCCUCCGUAAAGAGGGAUUGUUGGGAGAACAACAUAAUCUUAUUUCUUG